AUGUGGUUCAUCGGUGACAAUCACAAUUCCGGUGAAAUGCACGAUGACGCUUUCUUGAGAGAACUCCUCGGUUCCACCCAUUGGUUCGAAAUGCCAGAAGGAACCGAAGAAGUGAACUCUUCGGACGAGAUUCCUCGGACCGAAAGCAAGUGCACGGCUCCAGAACUCGAGCACUUGAACGAAGUUAGCGAGCGUCUGCGCGAAAAACUUCCGAAAAUCCACUUCCACAUGUUUCAGCAGAAUGGGCAACGUUGCUGUGUUCGAUUGGGACUGAAGGGCUCACAAGUAGCUGUGAAAGGUAGCGAGGUGUUCAUAGCUCGCAUUCCAAAGGAUGUCUUCGAAGAUGAACUCGUACCUUUGUUCAAUCGAGUCGGAGAGAUAUGCGAAUUUCGUCUAAUGAUGGAUUUCUGGCGCUUACCUGAACUAUACUAUAAUGCCAUACAUUGCAUGAAUCGUGGCUACGGUUUCUGUCGCUUCUCCAACUGCGAGGAUGCAUCUCAGGCUGUACAAGAGCUGAACAAUUAUAGAUUUAAAGAUAGCCCGAGUCCACUUGGGGUUGUGCUAUCCAAGGAUAAUUGCAGAUUGUACAUUCGCAAUAUCCCGAAAACCAUGACGUUCGACGACUUCUCGACUGCAAUACAACGACUAACCAAAGGAGUGAGGGAAGUGAUACUUCUGCCCUGCAUUUUCGAUCGUAGCAAGAACCGAGGCUUUGCAUUCGUGGAAUACUGUUCACACAAGGAAGCUGCGAUGGCGAGGCGAUCUCUCACCAACUCCAGUGGCAACAGGACCAUCCAGGGUUCAGUGUUAUUCGUGGACUGGGCUGAGCCUGAACGCGACGUUGAUCCCGACACAAUGAAAACGGUUAAAAGCAUUUUCGUGAGGAACCUUUCCCCAGAGCGAACGAGCGAAUACAUAACCAAGGGCUUCGCUCAUCUGGCCGGUGUCCAACCCCUUCACGUUUGGAAGAAUCGGGACUUCGCAUUCGUGAAUUUCGCCGAACGCAGCCAAGCGGAGUUGGCCUUGAAUAACGCUUCAGUGCCCGGUAAACUGGGUGAGCAAGUCUUU